ACAACAAACAAAUUUCAUUUACAAAAAUGUGCCAGUUUUUAAGGAAUUUGAGUCAUUAAAUUAUUCUUACCUCAUUGUGUUUUAUUGUAACAAUAAUUAGUUUUUGAAUAAUUAUGCUAAAGUCUAGAUCUCAACCAAAUAUGUGUGAACAAGAAGUUAAAUUUGUUCAAGAACGAAUCACACAAGUCGAGAAGCAUUUCAAUAAAUUACACAAUAGUUUUGCUGCUUAUACAAAAGAAGUUGCAGAACUGAGAGAUAAGAAUGAUGCACUUUCAAAGACAGUUGAAGAAUAUGCUAAGUCUGAAACAAUUAAUAAAUCACUAAGCCGUGGUCUCUUUAGCUUUGCUGAAACUCUAUCAGUCAUUGGAGACUACAGAGAUGCUGAAGUCAAGCGACUUGAUUCUAAAAUAAUAUCACCCUUAACCCAGUAUUCAAUGAUUUGCAAACAUGCCAAAGACAGUGUCAAAAGUACCUUUGAUGCUCACAACAAAGAACGCAUACGUCAACGAAAUUUUGAUAAAGUUCGUGAGAAAAAUUCUCAUGAUCGUCAGAUAAUUUUUCAGGCUGAAUCCGAGCUCUUGAAAGCAACAGAUGAAGUGACGAGAGUGGUUAAAAAUUUAGAAGAAGAUAUUGAUUCAUUUGAGAGACGUAAAUUGCGUGAUUUGAAGACACUUUUGCUUGAUUUUAUUACCAUUGGACUGAGUUUUCACACCAAAGCUGUCGAGAAUUUGACCAAAGCUUACCAAGAUGUUGCUGAAAUAGAUGAGAUCAAAGAUUUACAGGACUAUCGUAUCGUUAGAGGAGAAUUGAAUGGGGAAUUUCGAGAAAGCUUACGCGCUUCUGAUACCGUAGCACGUCUUGAUACCGUUGGAAGAACAUCAUUUCGUCGAGGAUAUUCGUCAUCGAAUUUAACUAGUCGUUUGUCAUCAUCGCCAUUCAGCUUUCAGAAGGAUACACGGAAAGCUGUGUCUCUAGAUUCUUUAAAGCAUAAAUUAUCAAAUUCCGCUGAAUCAAUUCAAGUUGAAGAGUAUCCGAGUAAUUCAGAGGAUGAUGAUGAUGAUGAUGAUGAUGAUGAUGAUGAUGAUGAUGAUGAUGAUGAUGAAAGUGAAUCAGGAGAAACUGAUUCCACUGAAGAAUCAACUGUUAGAUCAAAAUUUAAAUCAUUAUAAAAAAUAAACAUUUCUAUUUGAAAUAAAAAUGUUCAAGAUUUAUUACUGUAAAUAAUUAAUAAAUAAUCAUUUCACGACAUAGAUA